AUGAGGAACCCACAAGAGCUCGCAGACCAAACGCGGUAUUGCUGUUUCCACCGGCAAAACGGGCAUGACACAGAGGAGUGCUGCGAGUUGAAGCGACAGAUCGAGGAGCUGAUUCGAAGAGGACACCUCGGCCGCUAUUUACGGCAGGAUAAAGAACAUUCCCCAUGGCCUGAGGGCCCCAUCAAAAGGCAGAUCGACGUGAUCACGGGCGGCCCAGCAUCUGGGGGAAACAGUAUGUCUGGGCGAAAAGCAUACGCCCGCGCUGCUGCAGCCGAGGACUAUGGGAGCGGGCCCGAGGUCACAUUUCCCGCCGAGAGAGCCGAGCAGCCCGAACACGAUGACGCAUUGGUAGUGACCACCAGGAUCACCAACGCCCGAGUAAAGAGGAUCAUGGUCGACAUUGGAAGCUCGACCGACAUCCUUUAUCUGUAA